CGUUUUCCUGUAGUUCCAACUGAAUCAGGAUUUGAACAGAGACGCUCUGCUGUGGCUUGAUUACCAUAUGAAGGUCUGGAUCCCUGGUCCCACUCAUUAAGUCAAUGGCUUGAUUACCAUAUGAAGGUCCAGAUCCCUGCUCCCACUCAGUAAGUCAAUAGUAUGCUUCUGGAUACUGUUAAUUAUCCAUGUAGGACCAGGGGUCUGAAGAUGAAAGAAAACAAUUCUAUGAAUAAUAAAAUGAUUGAUAGAAAUUGGGUCCUGAAGCGCAAAAGAAAGAGGCUUCCAUGUGGACCAGAUCAAUCCACUGGUAAAGUUGGAAAUUCUAUUCCGUCAGAAUCUUUGAGGAACCUUCUUCCUGCUAAACACAGGCUGCAAAGUGAUAUUCAAUAUGGACAAGGUCGACCCAAUGGUAAAGAAGGAAAUUCUGGUCCUUCAGAAUCUCCUAGCAACCAUCCUCAUGCUAAACGCAGGAUGAAAAGUGAUCUCAUUGCAGGUCGGUCAUCAAACAAGAAGAAAGGAAAAGAUGGGUACUACUUUGAGUGUGUAAUCUGUGAUCUUGGUGGCAACUUGCUGUGUUGUGAUAGUUGCCCUCGAACCUAUCAUCUUCAGUGCCUUAAUCCUCCUCUGAAGCGUACUCCACCAGGUAAGUGGCAAUGUCCAAACUGCUGUGAACGAAAUGAUCCUGUAAAGCCCAUAAACCAUCUAGAGUCCAUUUCAAGACGCAUGAGAACAAAGAUUAUUUCUGAAAAAUCUAGGACGGGAAUUAAGUCAUCUAGCUCUCACAAGGAAUCACAUAUCUUGGAAAGCUCAGUUCCAGCAAAAAGAUCAUCCAGCAAAGUGAAACUUACAUUUUCUCAUUCAGUCCCAUCUGUUGAAAACAAGCCAGAUUCUUCCCAGAUGGAUGUGUCGUGUAGCACAAAAUCAAGCCACUCGUCCGAGGGUGGACCUGGAGAAGCUAUUUCAGCAUGUGGAAAUUCUAACAUUGAGAAGAAACCUAGUUUGUGUUGUGCAGAUGAAUCUGCUGACAGGAAGUCGUAUUCUCCUGCUAAUGAAGUCCAGUCUUCCAGUAGGGUUUUAGAGCCAAAUGUUGAACCUGCUGAUAGGAAGUCUGACUCUCUGUGUAAUAAUGGAAAUCCAACAAACAAGUUCAUAUUGACAUCCGGUUCUGUCACUCAGAAAGCCAAGAAAAAUAAGAGAAAAAUUAACGAGGAAGAUAGAGAUGAUAAAACUGGAAUUGUCAAGGGAAAAUCUACUGUAAAAGUUUCUCGCAAGCUUGGAUCCAAAUCAACUUCUGCAGGUCCUGAAACUAGUAAACUCUCCCAAAAUUAUAAUUCAGCUGACCAUCGGGUUUCAGUAUCUAUGUUGAAGGAGGUUCUUGGAACAAAAUCUUCUCUAGUGCAGCAACAAGUUAAGAGGUGCCCUGAGGGAAUAUCCCCCUCAACACAUGUCUUAGAUGGAACAAGGGGUCAAGAAGAUAAAAUGGUGACCUGUGAUGAAAAUGUUCCUAGUGACGUUCAACAGGUUGAUCGGAUUCUUGGGUGUCGAGUUCAAAAUAGUGAAAAAGUUUCUUCCUGUCUCAGUCAAUCAAUCAAAUUUUCUGCCUCCCCUGGGAUUCCUUCUCAUGUUGCAUCUGGAAGCAACUGUUCAAGGGCUGCAAAUGACAUGCCUUCUCAAGAUUUACUUGUUCUAGAGAAUUGUGACAGGGCAUUAGAAGAUGAGUCUUCUGGUGGUAAAGUUUUAGAUGUUAAGAAUGCUGAUCUUCGUGCUAAGGGAUGUCAUAAUUCGGUGAACCCUGUUGAUAAGGGAAAUAGCACCAAGAAUGAUACCAAAGUAGAUAAGAUACAUGUGUAUAAGAGAAGUGCAAAAGAGGGCAUUGGAGAGGGAAAUGCCAUGUUAUCAGCAAGGAGACCUUUCAAGCUUCAGAGUUUUAUGGCCUCAAGUAGUGGAGUUCGAAAUGGAUCUACUGUAGAGAAGGAGGAUAAGGAAAAAUUAACGAAAAAGGCAGUGCCAGAAGAGAAUACUGGUGUGGAACGUUCUAGUUUGGACUUUGAUUGUAACUGUCCAAUGCCAAGAGCAUGCAAAAGUCCUGCAUCUCCAGAUGCUAAAGACAUGAAAGAUGAGCAUAAGGAGAUGAGAUUGAAUUACAGUCAAGAAAACAAAAUGCAAGAGUCACCAUUGGAGGAAUCUACUCCACUGCAGACAGAUAUAGUUUUGUAUGAAUUUUUCGUCAAGUGGGUUGGCCAAUCUAACAUUCAUAACAGCUGGGUUUCUGAAUCGCAGUUGAAAGUUUUAGCAAAAAGAAAACUAGAGAAUUACAAGGCAAAGCAUGGAACAACACUGAUAAAUCUUUGUGAGGAACAAUGGUGCCAGCCACAAAGAGUGAUUGCCCUCCGGGCUUGCAAGGAUGGCACAACUGAAGCUUUUGUAAAAUGGCGUGGUCUCCAUUAUGACGAAUGCACAUGGGACAAAUUAGAUGAACCUGCCAUUGAGAAAUCUUCUCAUCUGAUUGCUGAAUUCAAGCGCUUUGAAUCUCAAACACUGGCCAAAGAUUCUGCCGAGGAUGAUCUUCCAAAGAAUAAGUGUCAACAAACUGAGAUAAUUUCUCUUGAAGAGCAGCCCGAGGAGCUUAAAGGAGGUUCCCUGUUUCCACAUCAACUAGAAGCUUUGAAUUGGUUGCGUAAGUGCUGGCAUAAAUUGAAAAAUGUGAUCCUUGCUGAUGAGAUGGGGCUGGGGAAAACUGUGUCUGCGUGUGCUUUUAUUUCAUCUUUAUAUAUUGAGUUCAAAGUGAGAUUGCCUUGUUUAGUUUUGGUUCCUCUGUCCACAAUGCCUAACUGGCUUGCUGAGUUUGCACUAUGGGCCCCAGAUCUGAAUGUUGUGGAGUAUCAUGGCUGUGCAAAAGCAAGAUCUAUUAUUCGUCAGUAUGAAUGGUAUGCGGGUCAUCCAAAUGUGUUAAACAAGAGAACUAAGUCAUACAAAUUUAAUGUUCUUUUGACUACUUAUGAGAUGGUGCUUGCUGACUCCUCCCAUUUACGUGGGGUUCCCUGGGAGGUUCUCGUGGUUGAUGAAGGUCAUCGUCUGAAAAACUCGGGCAGUAAACUUUUCAGCUUGCUCAACACAUUUUCUUUUCAACACCGUGUUCUAUUGACGGGCACCCCUCUGCAGAACAAUAUAGGUGAAAUGUACAACUUGCUGAAUUUCCUGCAGCCUGCUUCAUUCCCUUCUUUGUCAUCAUUUGAAGAGAAGUUUAAUGAUCUCACAACUGCGGAAAAAGUGGAUGAGCUGAAAAAACUUGUUGCUCCUCAUAUGCUUCGAAGACUUAAAAAGGAUGCUAUGCAGAAUAUUCCACCCAAGACUGAACGUAUGGUUCCUGUUGAUUUAUCAUCUGUCCAGGCAGAAUAUUAUCGUGCAAUGCUUACAAAGAAUUAUCAGAUCUUACGUAACAUAGGAAAGGGGGUCGCUCAGAAGUCAAUGCUGAACAUUGUUAUGCAGCUUCGGAAAGUAUGCAAUCAUCCGUAUCUUAUACCAGGUACUGAGCCUGAUUCUGGAUCAGUAGAGUUCCUUCAAGAAAUGCGCAUCAAGGCAUCGGCCAAGCUGACACUGUUACAUUCUAUGCUUAAGGUGUUACGUAGAGAAGGUCAUCGUAUACUUAUAUUUUCACAGAUGACUAAGCUACUUGAUAUACUUGAGGAUUACUUGACCAUAGAAUAUGGACCUAAGACAUUUGAAAGAGUGGAUGGUACAGUCUCAGUGGCAGAUCGUCAAGCAGCAAUUGUACGCUUCAAUCAAGACAAAAGUCGAUUUGUGUUCCUUUUAUCCACACGAGCUUGUGGCCUUGGGAUCAAUCUGGCUACUGCUGACACUGUCAUUAUUUAUGAUUCUGAUUUCAACCCACAUGCUGAUAUUCAAGCGAUGAAUCGUGCACAUCGGAUUGGGCAGUCAAAGAGACUUCUCGUGUACAGGCUUGUUGUGCGCGCUAGUGUGGAGGAGCGGAUCUUGCAGCUCGCAAAGAAGAAGCUGAUGCUUGAUCAGCUUUUUGUGAACAAGUCUGGAUCUCAAAAAGAGGUGGAGGAUAUUUUACGUUGGGGAACAGAAGAACUUUUCAAUGAUUCUGCUGGUGUGGCCGGAAAAGGUACCGGAGAAAAUUCUAGCAACAAAGCUGAAACAACUACAGACACGGAGCAUAAGCAUAAAAGGAAGUCUGGUGGUCUCGGGGAUGUGUAUAAAGAUAGAUGCACAGAUGGCAGCACAAAGAUUGUUUGGGAUGAAAAUGCAAUUUUGAAAUUGCUUGAUCGCUUAAACCUUCAGUCUGGGUCCUCUGAAAGUGCUGAAGGAGAUUUGGAGAAUGAUAUGCUUGGCUCUGUAAAGUCGGUGGAAUGGAAUGAUGAGGCAACUGAAGAACAAAUAGGACCUGAAUUCCCUCCUGCUGUGAGUGGUGAUAUCUGUGCUCAAGGUUCUGAACAGAAAGACGAAAAUGCAGUUGGCGUUACUGAAGAAAAUGAAUGGGAUCGACUUUUGCGUGUGAGGUGGAAAAAAUAUCAAAGUGAGGAGGAAGCAGUUCUUGGCAGAGGAAAGCGUUUAAGGAAAGCCGUUUCUUAUACUGAAGCUUUUGCUUCACAUCCUAGUGAAACCGUGUGUGAGAGUGAUAAGGAAGAGGAGCAGGAGCCAGAGCCUGAAUAUACACCUGCUGGCCGAGCUCUAAAAGCAAAAUUUGUCAAGCUCCGUGCUAGACAAAAAGAGAGGCUUGCACAGAGAAAUAUGACUGAUAGAUCUCAUCAUAUUGAGGAACAGCUUGGGCCCGAGUCACUUUCUCCAUUCCCAGAAACUGAUGCCAAGGAAGGGGAGCAACCAGUUAAUCCUGUCAGAGAACAGGCUUUAGCAAUUGAUUUGGAGAAUAAAAACCUUGAUCAGCCAUUAGAAACAUUGAAAAACAAGAGUGACUCAACUCUGACACUGGGCAGACCCUCAAAACCUGGUCACAGAAGUUUCUUGAGCGAUCUGGACCUUUCUGUUAGCGCCCCUAAUCCUCUUGCAUCUGAUGUUUUCCUCCAUAGCCCCCAGUUCCAGAGCACAAGAUACAGUAAUUCAAUGCCUACCAGCAACCUGUUACCAGUUCUGGGACUUUGUGCUCCCAGUGCUAGUCAGCAAGAUUCAGUACGUAGGAAUUUUCAGCCUUACACCCUUCCAACAUCAAACUGUGGCCAAAGCAGUUUAGGCUUGGGUUUUUUAGAAUUUCCUUUUCAUCUAGUCCCUGGUGCUGGAACAUCAAUUCACAGAGAUAUAAAAGGUCGAGAGAGUACCGUGGAUGCAUUUUCACUGCCAGAUUCAUUCUCAGAUGUCUUGCCAUGUCGAGCCAAGAGUUGCAUUCCAGAUUACUUUCCAUUUAAUCUGUAUCCUCCUGCAACCACACAAGGAAGAUUCUCUGAUCCUGUUCAUAUUUCAGAUUCUUCUUUCUCUGCCUUCCAAGAAAAUUUGGCACUGCAAAGCGUGGCUGUUAAUGAGAACCAGGUACCCAAAUUUUCACAGCCAGCUAAGAAUUUGCCAAGGUUCCAUCCUGACUUCUUACCUAGCUUGUCUCUGGGCACGAGAAAUGAAGCUCUAAAAGACUCAUUGCAAGAUCAACCUGCAAUGCCAUUGAUGCCAAAUUUUAGAUUUCUGCCAGAGGAACCAAAGUAUAAUCCUCUGGUAAGAGAGGUGCCUCCCACCUUGGGGCUGGGUCAGGUGCAGUCCUCCUAUUCCUCAUUACCAGAGAAUCAUAAGAAGGUACUUGAUAAUAUAAUGAUAAGGACAGGAUCUGGAUCAAAUAACUUGUUCAAAAAGAGAUUAAAGAUAGAUGCUUGGUCUGAAGAUGAACUUGAUGCCCUCUGGAUCGGUGUUCGUCGGCAUGGUCGGGGUAACUGGGAUGCCAUGCUUAGAGAUCCCAAGCUUAAGUUCUCCAAAUUCAGAACAUCUGAAGAUUUAUCAGUUAAGUGGGAGGAGGAACAACUCAAGAUCUUUGAUGGAACAGCAUUACCAGUGUCAAAAGCAGGCAAAGCCACCAAAUCUACCUCAUUCCCUGGCAUCUCUGAUGGAAUGAUGAUGCGAGCAUUGCAUGGGAGUAAGCUUUCUAGUCUUGGGACAGACCAGUGUCCGCCUCCUAAAUUUCAAACUCAUCUGACAGAUAUGCAAUUGGGUUAUGGGGAUCUAACAUCUGCCCUGCCACAUGUUGAUCAAUCUGAACAGUUUGGUAUUCCAAAUGACCGUAAUGCACCUAUCCCAACUUGGAAAUAUAAUAAAUUUUGGUCAAAUUUCAGUGGAGAUUUUCCUGCUGGGCCUUCUGAUAGGCCUGGAACUUCUUCCAACUUACAUUCGGAGCAUCCAUAUAUGGUCAAUUCUUUUGCAAACAGUAGCUUAAGCUCUCUUGCUGCGAAUUGCUCAAGCAGCUGUGAUUUUAAGCAAAAAGAGGAUGAACAGGGUGCAAAUAAAUAUUCUAAAUUGCCUAGUCUUUUGGAUCGAUCACUUUCAUUGAGAGAUUAUCAUAACAGCAUGCACUGUGGUGAAUCCACUAGUCCUGGGGUGCUGCCUGAGCCCAAUAAGCGGCCUGGUUUUGGCUGUUCUGCUGCGAUGGAUGACACAAAAACUAGUUCUACUACAAGCAAGCUUCCACAUUGGCUGCGUCAAGCUGUCUGCAUUCCUGCAAGGUCACAAGAGUCUGAUCUGCCUCCAACUGUUUCGGCAAUAGCUCAUUCUGUACGCUUGCUUUAUGGCAAAGAGAAGUUGACAAUUCCGCCAUUUACUAUUCCAGGUCCUCCCCCUUCCCUGCCAAGGGAUCCUAGGAGGAGUCUUAAGAAGGAGAAACGUAGGUUGCGUAAUGUCAAGCGGAUGACAGCUGACAUUGAUGAAUCCAGCAAGAAUUUUCAAAGCUGCAUGUUCGGUGACAAUGUUGCUUCAAGCACCAUUCCUCUGGGACCGCCAUUGCUGCCACAGUCAAUACCUGGCAAAUCAGGGCUCCUGUGCUGUGAAUCUGAUCUCAACUUGCUGCCACUAAAUUUAAAGCUGGUGAAUUUUCCAUCAUCAUCCAAUAGAAACCACCCCAAGAAAACUGGUACAGGUUUCUCUACCUCUCCUGAAGUGCUUCACUUGGUAGCAUCUUGUGUGGCACCAGGCCCACAGUUAUCACCAGUUUCAGAAAUGGAGAGAUCCAGCUUCCUUAGGAGUGAGAUGCCUUUGCUGAAGGUUCCUGAGGAUGUUGGUGAGGGUGGAAGCUCCAAAUUGGAAGUUGCACAAGAAAAGCCAAAGGCUGUGCGGAGCUUAUUAUUCCCUCUGGAUCAGGUACCCAAGGAUAAAACUGACCAGACUGAAAGUGGGGACUCAAGCAAGACUCAUUCGGAUCAUUGUAACAUCGAUCGGCAUGAAGUAGAGGAAAUAUCAUCUGAGGAAACUGUCUCAGAUGAACAUGGGAGUGAACAUGAACCAUAGCCAUUUUUCCCUCUAUAUACCUUGUGGCUUCAGACAUUUCAGCAGCAAUUAUUUUGUAAGAUUUGUUGAGUAGCAUCAGUAGAAUCAAUUAGGAUAUCUCCUGUAUAAAGCAUCUGUAAGAGAAAAGAAAUAUAUGUAUAGUUUUUUCAUCUCA